AGCCCCCUGAAGAGCGUAGGGAGCCUCUCCAGUGGGAGAGUAAAAUUUUAAAAAGCAUUUGAAAUCCAGGGCUCUGAAUUUUGAAAGGUGCGUAGUAGGGCCUCUGUCCUCGGUGCUGAUCGUCCCACCAAGAAAAUAGCCCUUUUUCUGGUCUCUUACCUCUAGGAGCAAUGGCGUCCAAACAGAAACAAGCGGUGAAAAAUGUCAACAUGGAAAAUGCCCAGCAGGAAAAGGAAGGAGAAGAACAGGGCCCCGUGCAGAAUGAAGAGGAAUCACGCAAUUCGAGAGGGGGUGAAGGCCAGAAGCAUGGAAGAAAUGUCAGGCUGGGGCGAAUGAGACGACUUGUCCCUAAUUUUCGGUGGGCCAUACCCAGCAGGCAUAUUGAUCACAAUGAAGUGGGAGAUGAUGAGGAAAAGUUUGUAGGGCAGAUGAUGGAAGUCAGGAGAAAGACUAAAGAGCAGCAAAUGAGGCAUCAUAAGCGCUUCCAAACUCCUGAACCUGAUAAUCAUUAUGACUUUUGCCUUAUACCUUGAAUCCUAAGGUUUUCUCCGAGGUCAAUAAUGUGACCUCUGCUCUACAAGCUUGUAGUUUUAUGAUUUACUUUUUCUGUAAACCUUUUGGUGUUUCCACUUACCAGUUUGUAAUUAAAUAUUGUUUUGUCUCAGUGUAAAAUUUUCUGUCCAGUAGGACAAUUUCACUCAGUUUUAGGAAAAACUAUUCCUUUCAUAAUGUGAAAUUAAUAAAGCAGUUUAAAAAGCAA